UUCUAGAGGUCGAUCCGAUGGGCAACGCUGGCCUGUUCUGCUGCACCACCUCGCCGCAGACGCUAGAGGACGGAGCGCAGGCCAGGAACAACAAGAAGCCGGCGACGCCUCCGAGCCAGAGCCGCAGCCAGGAGCCGAGCCCCGCCAGGGCGAACCCCAAGCCCCGGCGCCGGCCCAAGGAGAAGCCCAACCCGUACGCCCCGCGCGGCGGCGCGGCCGCCGCGAACCACUCUCCUAAACCCGUGCGCGUGCUGGACGGCGUGGUGCCGCACCACCCGCGCCUCCGCGUCACCGAUAAGUACCACAUGGGCCGGGAGCUCGGGCGCGGCGAGUUCGGGGUCACGCGCCUCGCCACCGACCGCGGCGCCACGCGGGAGCGGCUCGCCUGCAAGUCCAUCCCCAAGGCGCGCCUCCGCACCGCCAUCGACGUCGCCGACGUGCGCCGGGAGGUGGCCAUCAUGGCGUCGCUGCCGGACCACCCGGCGCUCGUGCGGAUGCGCGCCGCCUACGAGGACGACGACGCCGUGCACAUCGUCAUGGAGCUCUGCGACGGCGGGGAGCUGUUCGACCGGAUCGUGGCGCGCGGGAGGUACACGGAGCGGGCCGCGGCGGCGGCGGCGAGGACGGUGGCGGAGGUCGUGCGCGCCUGCCACGCGCACGGGGUCAUGCACCGGGACCUCAAGCCGGAGAAUUUCUUGUACGCGGGCAAGAGCGAGGACGCGCAGCUCAAGGCCAUCGACUUCGGGCUAUCCGUCUUCUUCCGACCAGGUGAGAGGUUCUCGGAGAUCGUGGGCAGCCCGUACUACAUGGCUCCGGAGGUGCUCCGCCGCAACUACGGCCCGGAGGCGGACAUCUGGAGCGCCGGCGUCAUCCUCUACAUCCUCCUCUGCGGCGUCCCGCCAUUCUGGGCCGAAACGGAGCAGGGCGUGGCGCGUUCCAUCCUGAAAGGGGUGUUGGACUUCGAGCGGGAGCCAUGGCCCCGGAUCUCCGACAGCGCCAAGAGUCUCGUCCGCCAGAUGCUAGAGAUGGACCCCCGGAAGCGCCUCACCGCCCGCCAAGUCCUCGAGCACCCGUGGCUGCAGGGCGCGAAGACGGCGCCGAACGUGCCGCUGGGGGACGUGGUGCGGGCGCGGCUGAAGCAGUUCGCGGUGAUGAACCGGUUCAAGAAGAAGGCCAUGCGGGUCAUCGCGGAGCACCUGUCGGCGGAGGAGGUGGAGGUGAUCAAGGAGAUGUUCGCGCUCAUGGACACGGAGCGUAAGGGCAGGGUCACGCUGCCGGAGCUCAAGGCCGGGCUCGCCAAGGUCGGCUCCAAGCUCGCCGAGCCCGAGAUGGAGCUGCUCAUGGAGGCCGCCGACGUGGACGGCGACGGCUACCUCGACUACGCCGAGUUCGUCGCCAUCACCAUCCACCUCCAGCGGCUAUCCAACGACCAGCACCUCCGCACCGCGUUCCUGUUCUUUGAUCGGGAUAGCAGCGGGUACAUCGAGCGCGGGGAGCUGGCCGACGCGCUCGCGGACGAGUCCGGCAGGGCCGACGACGCUGUGAUCGACCAUGUCAUGAAGGAGGUCGACACGGACAAGGACGGCCGGGUCAGCUUCGAGGAGUUCGUGGCGAUGAUGAAGUCCGGGACGGACUGGAGGAAGGCGUCGCGGCAGUACUCCAGGCAGCGGUUCAAGACACUGAGCAACAGCCUGAUGAAGGACGGCUCGCUCUCCAUGGCGCUCGCUGACGAUGACAAAUAGAUGCACCUUCAGACUUCAGAAAUGCUUGUUUUCUCGUCGAUGGGAUGCUUGGUUUUUUAUGACUCUACAUCGAUUCAAUGGAAUUCAUUGUAGUAGCAGUUUGUUCGUAUACUCGUUGUAGAAUGUCUGAAUCUUCAGGAGGGUUGGUUAAUAGGGAGGUGCUUUUGGUCUGGCGUUGGAUCGAUCAUGCCUGUAAUUAUGUGUGGUAGAGGAAACAUCCAAGUCCCUCAAGUGUUCAUUGCUGGAUUUGUUUUACUAGACCGAGGUUCCUCCUGGUUUCGAAGAAACUUCAUACACUAAUUUGGGUCUUAUUUGAUUUGUAGGAAUGAAAUCAUAGAAGAAAAAUGCUA